AUGGAUGGCGGCAGCAACACAAGCUGCAGCAGCAGCAUCAGCAGCGACUACGUCUCCUCCAGUGACAGCGAAGAUGGUGACUUCAUCUGUAGGAUCCAGGCCUCUACGGCAGCACCACCAACAGCAGCAGCACUACCUCAGCAGCAGCAGCAGCAGCCAAAGGGCUUUUGGGCUGGUCUUGUAAGCGGCGGCGCCCUUUCUUUUAGCCUAACAUCUGCUACUGCAUCUGCUGCUUCACCUCCACCUGCAGAAGCAGCAGCAACAACAACGGCAGCAGCAACACCCGCAGCAGCAACACCCGCAGCAGCAGCACCCGCAGCAACAGCAAAUAGAUCCUCGAGAGCAGCAGCAGCAAAGUCUGCCCCCUCCUCGUCGGUGGAGUUGCUCUCGACUUUGCUGCGGCGUUCGCAGCUGCUGCAGCAGAAGCAGCAACAGUUGAAGGUACUGCAGCAGCAGCGCUUAGAAUUAGAGAAGCAGCUGGAGAUACAGCUGAGCUUAGCUGCUGCUGCACGACGCGGCAGCAGCAGGAGUUCAAAGAGGGGAGCAGCAGCUGCUGCUGGUGCUGCGCAGGGCCUUGCUGUCCCCGGAGACAAGGCAACAGCAACAGUAGGAGCAGCAGCAGCAGCAGCAAGAGCAGCAGCAGCUCUCCCCGAUAGACCAGGAGAUUGUUGUGAAGAGUGGAUGGACGACGACCAGAGGCGAACAAAGGGCAGCAGCAGCACAAGCAGCAGCAGCACUAGCAGCGCGAGCAGCCCUAGCAACAACAGCAGUCCCAGCAACAUCGUCAACACAACCAUCAUUAGCAGCAGGUGCAGCAACAGCAGCGCGUGCAGCAGCAGCAGCAGCAGCAGCAAGAACAGGAAGGAGUUGUGCAACGUGGAGUUGUUAUUGUUGGAUCGGUUAAGUUGUGUCUGCUGCCUGUGGCGGCAGCAGCUGCAGCAGCUAAGCAAGACACUGCAGAGUUUGCUGCUGCGUUACCGCAGCAGCAAGGAGCGUUUGCAAGGUGCAGCAGCAGAACUUGAGCAGCAACAGCAAGGUGUAUAUUGUUUGCGGCUAAGGAAACUGCAUGAGGUAGCUAGGCUGCUGCCUAUAGAGAAUACAGCAGCAGGAAGAACAAUUUUAUCUCUUUCUUUGCCUCCUAUUUCUUCCUUACUAGAGGAAUUACAAGAAAAAGCAUUUAAGGGGGAAGUCCUUAAGGCUGUAUCUGCUGCUGCUGGAUUUGCUGCGCUGCUGCUGCUGCUCAUCUCCCGUCUUACAGCAACACCGUUGCUGCACCGUAUCGUAGCCAGGGGUGCGCGUUCGAGUGUAUGUACACCACAGGGGGAAUUGCCUCUGUAUAUUCGCGAGGGAGAUACUCAGGCAGCGCAGCAGCAGCUGCAGCAAGGUCUGCUGCUGCUGCUGCAGGCUAUUGAUGGAGUUGCAGCAGCAAGAGAGCAUCCCCCUAAACACUUCCAUGACAAAGAUGUGCUGCAGAGGCUCGAGGCGCUCCUCUACAACGAACUAUGGGGCUUUAAAGCUACACUAUAG